AUGCCCGCAGCAAAAGACUGGGAACGCAAGGCGCAGAUCUGCCGUGAUAUCCUCGAGAACUCUAUUCCAAAGCAAUGGCUUCUACCUUCCGAGAAGCUUCCAACCAAGUCUCAUAACGUCACUCAAGUACCUUAUACAUGUGGCAUCCUUUCUGAUGAGGAGCUUCACAUGACUGAACAAACCGCCGCUGGACUAUUGAGCAAAUAUCAAUCUGGUGAGUGGAAGGUCGAGCAAGUCAUCAUUGCGUUCCUGAAGCGAGCAACGAUUGGCCAACAACUCCUCAACUUUGUAACCGAGUUCCUCACAGAUGAGGCAUUAGAGACGGCGAAGGCUCUCGAUAAGCAUUUCGAGACCACUGGCAAGCUGAUUGGUCCACUUCACGGCGUUCCUAUCAGUGUCAAGGAACAUGUCUCAUACGGUGGAAAGAUCACUCACGCUGGCUUCGUGAGUCAAAUCGGCAAUGUGGCCAAGGAAGAUGCGCUGCUGGUUCAGCUGCUCAAGAAGGCUGGUGCAGUCUUCACAGUACGGACCAAUCAGCCGCAAUCACUGAUGCAUCUCGACUGUGAGAACAACAUCACCGGAACUACACUCAAUCCAUAUCACCUCAAGCUUUCUCCCGGUGGAUCGUCUGGUGGUGAGGGAGCUUCGAUGGGAUUCAAGUGUGCUGUUCUCGGUGUUGGUACGGACAUCGGUGGCAGUAUCCGUGCUCCAGCUGCUUUCAACAACUCUUACGGACUUCGACCAACUACUCUACGCAAUCCUACACUGGGGUUGCAUGGUGUACUUGGCGGUCAGGAGAGUAUCAAGGGUGUUAUAGGUCCCCUUGGUCAAAGUAUUGAUGAUCUCUGGCUGUUCCAACAGGCACUUAUUGAUCAGAAUCCUCAUGAUAUCGAUACUACCUUGGCCCCUCUACCAUGGAAGGGAGAGCUAGACACUCCGAAGAACAUCACAGUUGGUAUCAUGAUGACCGAUGGAGUCGUAAAGCCUCACCCCCCUAUUCUCAGAGCACUCGAGACCGCCAAAUCCAAGCUUCAAGCUGCCGGUGUAAAUGUCGUCGACUGGGAAAACUAUAAGCACGAUCACGCCUGGGAUAUCGUGUCAGCCCUCUACUUCCCCGACGGCGGCAAGCGCAUCUUGGACGCUCUUGCCGACUCUGGCGAACCUAUGCUUCCUCUCACACAGCACGCUCUGAACUAUUCGAAAGCAAUCUCUAUCUCGGAGAAUUGGGAUUUGAACGUCAUGCGCGAGACGUAUAGACGCGAGUAUCAUGCUUUGAUGAAGGAGAGAGGUGUCGAUGUCAUCUUGUGUCCUGCCUACGUGGGUGCAGGCGUCAAGCAGCACGGAGCCAAGUACUGGGGCUACACAAGUCUGUGGAACAUCCUCGAUCAACCUGCUGUGGUUUUCCCUACCGGUAUGGACGUCGACAAGAGCGUGGAUGUCGUAGAAGAGGGCUACUCGCCACUGAAUGCAAAAGACAAGGAGGAAUACGAAGCUUAUGAUCCAGAGCUGUUCCAUGGCGUGCCUAUCACCUUGCAGCUCGUUGGCAAGCAUUACCAUGACGAAGAUACAUUGAGAGCAGCCAAAUUGGUAGAGAGCGUAAUCAGAAAGUAG